AUGUCGCAGGCCGAGGUUCCCCGUGCCGAGUCCAUCGAUGACCAGGAGCGUGCUCACGCCGCUGAUGGCGACAAGAAGCCCAAGUCCCGAAGACCCGCUAAUACCGCUUUCCGACAACAGCGAUUAAAAGCAUGGCAACCGAUCUUGACCCCCAAAAGUGUGCUUCCUUUGUUCUUUAUCGUCGGCGUUCUUUUCGCUCCCAUCGGUGGUGUCCUUAUCUGGGCGAGCUCUCAGGUCCAAGAGCUUGUUAUCGACUACACGGACUGCAAAGCCAGUGCACCGGAGAACACCAUGGCAGAUAUCAGAGACCGCGUGUCCGCCACUUUUAAAGCUUCGACAGCAGAUAGCAAAUACUACUGGAAACAAUCUAAUGGCACCGACAAUAGCACAGUGUGCUCCCUCUAUUUCAACAUCCCCGAGUCGAUGGGCCCUCCGGUCUUCCUGUACUACCGCCUCACGAAUUUCUACCAGAACCAUCGUCGCUACGUCCAGUCUUUGGACUUGGAUCAAUUGAAGGGCACUGCGGUUCCGAACAGCACAAUUUCGGGCAGCGUCUGUUCCCCCCUAGCGACCGACGAUGCUACCGGCAAAGCGUACUACCCUUGUGGCCUGAUUGCCAACUCCAUGUUCAAUGAUUCCAUCAGCAGUCCGGUGCUGCUGACAGGAAAGGACCCGGUCAAUUACACUAUGACAAAGACGGGGAUUGCAUGGGAUAGUGACAAGGCGCUGAUCAAGCAAACCCAGUAUAAGCCAUGGGAAGUGGUUCCCCCGCCAAACUGGAAGAGUUACAAUGGUUCUUACGAGAAGACCGGCAUUCCUAAUCUUCAUGAAAAUGAAGAUUUCAUGGUUUGGAUGCGGACAGCGGGGUUGCCGUCCUUCAGUAAACUCUCCCGCAGAAAUGAUGACACCGCUAUGGGGCGAGGAGACUAUCGUCUGGAUAUUGUCGAUGAAUUUCCCGUCACCGAAUACGAUGGAACUAAGUCGAUCUUGCUCUCUACUCGUACGGUCAUCGGCGGUAAGAAUCCCUUCAUGGGAAUUGCUUACGUGGUUGUGGGCGGAGUUUGUGUGCUCUUGGGCGCCUUAUUCACGGUGGCCUACUUGAUCCGACCUAGAAAACUGGGUGACCACACCUAUCUUACGUGGGACGCUACCAACCAGCCAACCACUGCUGUGGCCUCGGGGCGGGAUGACAGAAUGCGCCCAAGUGCGCCUUGA